CGGGACACUCGCCCUGAUCACGGGGUGUGAGUCAGGCUGUCACACUCUGUGUUUUCUGUCGCAACCGCCUAAACAAAGGCUUUAUACACAAAAUGGGAGGAACUAAACUCCGAUUAGCUCAGAUGACACCUGUUAGCACGCUGCAAGCUACCGGUGAUACCGUUUCACUUUAUUGGGAACAACUGACUGUGGUGCUAAAGCAGCUGAUCGUUAUUGCACUAUAGGUUUCAAACGCCAGGUCCAUUGGCCACAUUUGUGCAGUGGUGCCGGUCCAGGAGAAUGGAUUAAUGCCAGGCCUGGUCUCGGGGACGCAGCAGUGAGCGGCGUUCGGCUUCAGAAGCUCCUUCCUGGGCCGUCCAACCCUAUCCCCUUUCAGCUUUUGACUGGUUGAACACACCUGGUCCAGGCUCAGCUGUUGGAGCUGCGGACUCAGAACUAUCAGCUCUCUGAUGAUCUCAGGAAGAACAUGGCUGAGCUGAACGUCGUCCGGCAGAAGAUUGUUGCUUUGGAAAGAGAUUUUGUCAAAGCACAGAAGGCUCUAAACAAAAGUAAAAAAGCUCAGGAGGUGGACGCGUUGCUGAGUGAGAAUGAGAUGCUUCAGGGAAAACUGCACAGUCAGGAGGAAGACUUCAGACUCCAAAACAGCACACUGAUGGCUGAACUCUCCAAGUUGUGUACUCAAAUUGAGCAGCUGGAACAGGAGAACAAGGCCCUGAAAGGAGCAGAAGAAACCCCCAGUCAAACCUCCUGCCCUGUAGAUGGAGAGCUGCUCCGCCUCCAGGCUGAAAACUCCACGCUUCUGAAGAAACUGAAAGGGCUGCAGGAGAGACAGGUGGCGUUCACGGAAAUGGCCGCACCGGCCACUGCCGACAACGGUUCUGGUGACCCAGGAAGUGAGCAGGAGCAAACAGCCGAGGGAACUAAUGAGAGCACGGGCCAGACGGACGCUCAGCUGGAACCCAGUGAGAGGCAGACACAUGGAUUUGAACCCACAGCUCGUCUUGAUUUCAGCAUAGAGCAGCUAGAUGGCUCAGGGCAGACACACACUACGAGUCCAGCAGACGGCCUGUCAGAGACGAGCGUAGAGAAGAUUGUAGCUAAGCAGACAGCGCUAGGCUGGUCGGCUGCUCUCUGUCCAAUAACUCACUGCUUUGGACCAGAGCUGGAGAUGGCACUGAACACUGAGCAGGAGGAGAAGAGGCUGCUGAGGGAGCAGAUCCACAACCUGGAGGCGUCCAAACAGGCUGAAAUCGCCAAACUGCAGGAGGAGAUAACCAAGCUAUCGGACAAGUUAAAGAAGAAGCAGGAGAGUUUUCAGCGUCUGCAGGGGGAAAAGGAAAUUCUGUACAACGACAGCAGAACAAAGAUCAAUGAGCUCAACCAAAGGAAAGACGAAGAGCUGAAGGCCAUGAACACUCGCAUCCAGAAGCUGCAGUCAGAUGCCCUGGCAGCCAAUCAGACAACAGCAGAGCUGACAGAACAACUGCAAAGCAAAGAGAAGGAGCAUGAAAUGGCCCUGCAAACUCUGAAAGACCAGGUAGCCAAUCAGAAUGCAGUCAGUCAGGAGCAGGUGGACAACAUCUUGCAGGAGAAUGAUGCUCUGAGGACAAACCUAGCUGCUCUAGAACAGAUCCAAACGGUGAAGACGCAGGAGAUGAAUCUGUUGCGCGAGCAGCAGGAGACGCUGGCGGCUGAGCUGCAACAGAGACGGACUGACCAGGAAAAUCUGUUGGCGCAGAGAGACGACCUUAACUCCCAGCUACAGGAGUCAAGUUUUUCUAACCGGAAAUUGUUGGAGCAGUUAACAGAAGAACAACAAGAGAAGGAGAAAGUACUGAAAGAACUGGACGAGGCUAAGAAGACGGCGGAGAAGAGGAAGGCCAUGCUGGACGACAUGGCCAUGCAGCUGACCCAGGAGAAGUCUGACCACAAGGAGGCGCUGUCAGACCUGAAAUUGCAGCAUGAGAAGGAGGUUCUGGGGGUAAGGGCUCGAUAUGAGAAGGAGCUCCGGGGACUCCACGAAGAUAAGAAUCGCUCCGAGGAGGAGAUCCGCCAGCAGCUUAGAGAUGAAAAGGCUCGUACGAAGGAGUUGGAGGGUCUUCAGCAGAAGCUGGAGGAGCUGCAGGCUCAGGUCCAGUCCAUGGAGGGAACCAAAAGCUGGUUUGAGAGACAACUCAAAGAGGCAGAGAAGAACAUAGAGAGGAAAUCUGUGGAACACCAGGAGAACAUGGAGCAGCUGAAGAGAGAACACACGCUUCAGCUGGAGGAGAAGCAGGUGGAGAUGGAGGAAGUCAAGCAGCAGCUGGUAGAGGUGGAGAAACAGAGGGACGACAGCAGCGCCGCCAUCACCAAACUCAAGCAGGAGGUAAAGGACACGGUGGACGGUCAGAGGAUCCUGGAGAAGAAGGGCAGUGCAGCGCUGAAGGAUUUGAAGAGGCAGCUGCAUCUUGAGAGGAAGCGAGCAGACAAACUGCAGGAGAGACUCCAGGAGAUCCUGACCAACAGCAGGACCAGGACAGGUACAGGUCUGGAGGAGCUGGUUCUGUCAGAGAUCAACAGUCCCAGCCGGACCCAGCAGGCUGGAGACUCCUCGUCAGUCUCCUCCUUCUCCUAUAAAGAUAUGAUGAAGGAGGCACCGCCAGCCAAUCAGAGCAAGUCGGGAGGCGGGAGUCCUCAGUCCCAGCGUCCAGCCGAGCUGUCCGACGACGAGGUGGGGGAGCUGUUCCAGCGUCUGGCUGAGGUUCAGCAGGAGAAGUGGAUGCUGGAGGAGAAGGUAAAGCAUCUGGAGGUGAGCUGUUCGUCAAUGGCUGAGGACAUCUGCAGGAAGAGCGCCAUCAUAGAGACAUAUGUGAUGGACAGCCGCCGAGACGUGUCAGCUGCUGUAGCUGUGGGAUCUCAGGGAGAGAGGGGAGGUCUGGGUUCAGUUCUCAGAGAUUUGGUCAAACCAGGAGAUGAGAAUCUUCGAGAGAUGAACAAGAAGCUGCAGAACAUGUUGGAAGAGCAGCUGACGAAGAACAUGCACCUUCAGAAGGACCUGGAGGCGUUGUCCCAGGAAUUAGUCCGUCUCAGUAAACCUGGGUCAGGAUGAGACCAUCUACUGAAUCCACCUGUCCUUCCCUUCCUUCACGCUACUGUUGUUCACCUCAACUUGAAUGUCUGGGCUGGGCUCAGACUAUAAGGCCUGGAACCAACCCUCCCUCCCACUCACUUGCUACAUUCAUGAUACGAGACCUGCUGUGGGCUCUGACUACUGUCUGGAGCUGUUGAAAUGACACUACCGUGUCUCUAAAUGCUGGAAACUGUCCACCUGUGCUUUUUUGGUGACAGAACACAACACGUCUUAGGACAGAAAAUAGGAGAAACUAAGACUCAUCUUUGUUGCUAUGAAUGUACUAUAUUUAAACUGCACCACUCUUAGUCCUGGCUAUCACCUGGACACACACAGACCUUGUAAGUGACUGUAAAUGUUUGUUUUCAUAGUCUGUGUCAUUUCAUUCUGUUUGCGUGGUCUCUGACUAAGCUCUGGAACACGCCUCAUAUACAGAUUAAACAGCAUGACCUUCAGUUUCUUGUGCAGUAACUCUGUUGUGAUCUGGCUAUUUCCUGGGCUUUGUGUCUGCCAGAGUGACCACCUGUCAAGGUCUGUUUAUGUGCUGAACUGUCUUUCUCUGACAACUUUUAACCUCUGACUUUUGGAAGUGGUCUCAUCAGCAGCGUUGUCACUCGGCUGUUUGUCUGAACCAUCAGAUAUUGAACUCCAAUUUUUCUAUAUUCCACUGAAUAACCGGUUACUACCUAUGUCCACCGGUUAGAUAAUAAAUGCAUGUACAGUACUGCAUCUACAACUAGAGUGCGAGGAGACUCCAAGCUGAGUUGUCAUUUGUGUCCACAUUCAAAGUAUCAAAAUGGAAGGAAUUAGUUAUGAUGAUGCUUCUUCAGAAAACAGAAUAAAAAUACCUUGCAGAUCUGUGAUAAUGAAAAUUGUCACCGAAGCAAUGACGAACCGAUCCGCAAUUCGUGGAUCUCAAUGACUCAAACUCAAUGACUAGACACUAACAAACAAACAAACCUCUGUUCUGUAAAGUUUUGCCUGUGUUGGGCUUAGCCUAUUUCCUGGAGUCAGUGCCUGCCUGUAUAAUACUGAAGCAUCAUGGAAUAGACCUGUUCUGUCACUAUUGUCUCUGUAUUGACUGGAUGUAAAAAGACUUACAUUAUUUUGUCAGUUUGUUUCAUUUUAAACUUUAACCUUGAUCUUAAUUAGUUUAUUUUUUUCAUGGGAUCAUGUCUAAUUCUUGGAUAAUAUUUCUUUCCUCUGUUGUUUGGAUCAUUGAGAUCAAAUUUGGCUGAAAAUAGUCAGAUAAAAAGACAUGUCUUUCAUGUUCAGCAUCAUUGCAUUGAACUUCCUGUCUGCGAUGCCUUCAACUGCAUAGGUUGUUACAUGGCCACUGACUACGUCUUGGAUUAAACCCUGCGCCAUGACCUGACUACAGUAUAUAUUGGACUUUGUUUUAUGUUGCCUGUAAAUCUGCUUGUUUUUUUGUGUGUGUUUCAGUGAAGCUCCAUUUGUGGGAUCUAGUUUUAUUGGAAUGGUUUGGUAGCCAAGUCAAACUGUACCACGAUUUCCAACAAAACCAGACAUGAGGUCGCUAACAACCAGCCAAGCUUCACAGAAACGUGAAGGGUUUGCUGUUAGUUUGGGUCGGGCUAUAUGCUGGGCAGCUUUUUUGCCUAAACUGUAAAUAUGCUGUGCUGGGAUUUCUUACUGUAUGAAGAAUCAACUGCUCUAUUUAUGAAACUGAUUGUGAUCAUGAUGCUAAUCGUUGUAACUGAAAAUACAAGAUCUUGUCUAAUGAUGAUGCGUUUCAGGUUUUCUGUACUUCUGAGAACCUGACCUGAGAACUAGGAUCCAGACUCAGGGUCCAGAGGAAGCUCCAGUGGCCUCAGCUGAACACUUUUAUUGAAGGUGCACUCAUACUUACUGCACAGACUUAACACCAGUCACUGCAGGAGAUUUCAAACAUUCGGCUUAUUGAUCCUUCCCAUAAUCCUCUCUGUCACAGUUUAUUUUACAGAAGCAAAGUGUUCCCAGCCUCUGUAAAGUAUGGGCCGAGGAGACGGCGCCUCUCCCAGCACUAAUUAGCUGUCUGCUACUUCCUGUCCCACAGAGACAGGCGGAUUAGAGAGGCCACCCCACGGCGCUGGUGGGGUCCAUCUUAACGAGAUAGCGCCUGAUUGGCUGGGCCAGGGGUUAAUUGGAAAGAAGGAAAGAAUGAGUUUGUUUAAUUAGAAAGGGAAGCUCAGAGGGAACAGUGAAUGUCCUCCUGUCGGUCUCUGUCUGCCUGUCGUGGAGACUGUUUCCAAACGAGCUUGUAGGACACAGGUCCAGUACUAGAGGGGGACGUCUGGUCCUGUUAAUGAUCUCAGGUGUUUGCUUGGUGCCUCCUUGUGGCUUUCGCGUGGUCCUUGGCUGUUGGAAAUGUCGGAUGUUUAAUGUACUUUGUUACUUUGUCAGACUUCAUCUUCAGCUUGAAUCAACUGAAUAAAAAGAUUGUCAACUCA